CGUUUUUCCUUCGAUUUUCUUCCGCUGCAUGUGACAGUCUUCCUCGCUUUCAUGGCGCGGCACCAGCAGCCCUCUGUUUCGGUGGGCGGCAGCGGCGACCGUUGCUGCCGCUCUUCAAAUCAGACCCGGCAAGUCACUCUUUCCCGUGCCACCAACCAGAGACUAUCCCACCAUCUCACCACCCGAACUUUUCGCGCCAUGCCCCAUGCCUGAUCCCCGAUGUGUGCCUCUCCGCCGUGCGCUCUCCGCCGUGCGCUCUCCGCCGUGCGCCUCUCCGCCAUGCCACUGCCCGCCUCCCCCUCACCGCGCGCUCUUCCCGCCAGACCCCUCUCGGCUUCCCCCUAACUCGCACUAAGCCCCUGCCAACGACCCCUCCCUAGUCGCGGGCUCUUCCCGCAUUGCUCGCUCUCCCCCUAGUCGCGCGCUGUCCGCACCACUCCCCCCCCCGCCAAGUCUUCCGCCAUGCCUCCCUCCGCCUUCCCUUAGCUGCGCACUUCCGCCGCAAUGCAACUCCCCGCUUCCCCCUGGCUGCGCGCCGUCCUGGGACUCUCCGCCGCUCUUGCGCUCGCCUGCCUCUACGCCGCCGUCUCCUCCCCCUCCGCCUCCGUCCUCUCCGCAUUUGUCUCCGCUAGCGGAAGAGGCGGGGGGAGCUGGGGAGAGGAAGACGGGAAUGAGGGGGGAGCGGAGCUAGGCGCGUGGACAGAUGAGGGGGCGGGGAGAGAGGGGGAGGCAGGGGGAGUGAAGGGCGAGGAGGAUGCAACGCUUUAUCCUGCACUAGGUGACAGCUCCCCCGUGGUGGCGCUGCUAGCGGCGCACAGCAGGGCGCUGCAGCGGCGGGUGCAGGAGAUGAGGGCGCGGGCGGAGAGCGAGCAGCGCUGGAUGGACGGCGCUGCCAGGGACGCCCUGCAGGUGGGGGAGGGGGUUGACGCCCUCCUGUGUCGUUACACCCAUCACCACCACCAUCACCACCACCACCACCACCACCACCACCACCACCACCACCCACCACCACACCACCACCACCACCACCACCACCACCACCACCACCCACCACCACCACCACCCACCACCACCCACCACCACCACCCCACCACCCCACCACCACCACCCCACCACCACCACCACCACCACCACCACCACCACCACCACCACCACCACCCACCACCACCACCCCAACUGCGCGCCGACCGCUCAUCCCUGGGGGAGAGCAUCCCCCUCCUGGACGAGGCGGCGGCUUCAGCCGUUGCCGCGCUGCCACCUGGCAGCGACAGCCUUGCGCAGAUCCACGCCAUGCUGGCAGCUGCACCACGUGUAAACGUUGGGGAGGUGGACGUGGGGGAGGGGGACGUGCUGGAGGGCGGUGGUGGGGGCAGUGAGGUGGAGGGAGAGAGCAAGGUGCGAGCAGCAGCAGGCGCAUCUGAGAUUGUGGAGGGGGCGGGAGAAGCAGGAGCUGCGUUGGCGAGUGUGGAGGAGGCGGUGGGGUCGUGCAUGGACCUCUACUUCCUGGCGGACGCGCAGCAGACGCAGUUCCACAUAGCGUCGCAGCUGCUACAGCAGGCGGACCGGGAGGUGGAGCUGCGGCAGUUCAUGCUGGCGCAGCUGCGCGCCCUGGACGACCGCAGGGAGUGGUGGGCCGUGCUCAACCUCACCGCAGAGGAGGCCAGUGAGAAGCUCAAGACCAUGGCUGACGGGGAAGACAAGACCAAGCUGUCCGACUUCCUCUUCUGGUACCUGCCCUUCCGCUCCUGGUUCGACUCGGAGGGCCCCGACCACCCCAAGGCUGUCGCACACGUGGAGCAGCAGCGCGCUGAGCUGGCAGCCGCCACAUCAGCCGCCAUGGCAGCAGAGGCGACCCUGAACGCCACGCAGGUGCGGCUGUGGGAGGAGUGCGGGCUGCACCUGCCCCACGGCAACUGGACCGAGGAGCAGAGCGCUCUCCUCCAGCGAUACGCCGCUGUUGCCAACGCGUCCGGAUGCACCGAACAGUGCGUGGACUGGGAGGCUAUUUACCCCGAGUACGAGUCAAAACCGGGGCUGGUUGCCCCGAAGCAGGUGUGGCAGAAGCUGCCCGAGCACUACCCGGACCCCAAGGCGAACCUCUCCUUCCUCCUGACUUACACCGGCCGUGCCGACCGUGUAAAACCGCUAGUGCACCGCCUGUACGCGUGCACCAAGGGCAUGCGCGGCGAGGGGGCGCUCCCGGGAAUCCGCGCAGAGCUGUUCGUGAGCGUGGUGGACCCCGACGCGACGCUGGAGGCGUGGAUGCACAUGUGGAACGAGACGGACGAGGGCAUAUUCGUGGUGCCCGUGCUGCCGCGCUUGGGCGCCGACCCCCUGAUGCUGAACGACCUGGCGCGCAUGGCGCGCGGGCGCCUGCUGGUGCUGCUGCACGGGGACGCGCUGCCCCCCGCUGACUGCCGCUGGCUGCAGGACGUGCUGGACGCCUUCGCCGCGUGGCCGCGCCUGGCACUGGCGGGGUACCGCACCGAUGACAUGCCGGUGCGGCGAGUGGACCAGGUGGGGAAGACGGCAGCUGCUGGGGAGAGUGUGCGGUUCUGGAGGGGGUUUGCAGAGGAGCGCGAGAGGGGGGGCGGCGGGAGUGGGGGAGGGAAGGGAGUAGGGGAUGGGGGGAAGGUGGCUUGGAAGGACCCGGAGAGCGGUGUGCCAAUGCACUUCACGGGGCUGGUGACAGGGUACCCGGUGGUGGUGAGGAGGGCGGUGCUGGAGGAGGUGGGGUGGCUGGACGAGGCGGACGACAGGCAGGGGCACACGGCGAUUAUGACUGACUGGCACCUGUGCUCGCGCAUGUGGCUCUCAGGCUACCAGGUGGCGCGCCUGCAGCUGCGCGUGGGCGAGGGGGACCCCGGCGACUUGGCCACGAUCCCGCGAUCGCAGCACCGCCACGCGCUACCAGGGCUGGGCUCGCAUGGUGAGGGGAAUGGCCGGGCGGACUAUGGGGAGUACGAUGCAGCACUUGCGGAGUACCAUGAUGAUAUUGUGAAGGAGGUUGCGAGAUUGAAUUCCUUGUUGCUUCCCAAUGAUUAGCAUCAUCCCUCCAUGGGGCCUUCCAGUCUGCUUUGAGGCACAACUUGAGUAAGGAAUGGCUGCGAUUCACAUGUGAUGAUGCUCCACAGGCACAAAAGCUACGCUUGAAACCCUGAGAAUGAAUGCCUCCCCUAAGCAAGUCAAGGGCAGGAAGACUGGCAAGUCAUCUCAUUACUCAAUGCUGAGAUUACGUCGGUUGGUGUCUUGCCGGCAUUCCUGCCCCUGAUGCUGACUCUGGUGGAGUAGCCACGCUGAAAGGCUCAAUCCCCGCAACCGCUUGUAUCCACCAUGUUAUGAAUGGGACUGCCAAGUAGCACGGAGGGCAAUGGCGAAACUGUGAACGAGUGAAUGACAAUAAAAUGAAAGACAAUAC